AUGUUACGUAGUUUGGUGCACUCGUCUCGAACGCUUUCCCUCCCCGGCACGCAUGUUGCCCCAACAUGUAUUGUUUACACUCCACCGCCUACUCUUCCCCGAGGCACCACCGCUUCAUUUGAUUGUACCGCCGCUGGUGUGAGAGCCAUCAGCCUCGUCGGUAGCGGACUUCGCAGAUGUGGCGUGUCGGUGUCAAGCGGGUGCGGGGUUAGUGCCACUUCGUUGGGUGGCACCUUCAGAAUGUACCACUCCGGUAGUGCCGGUGCAGGCGGUUACAACUACUCCCAGCCUCCGUCUCCAUACGGCGGUGCUGCCUCGAAUUACAUGGGAGGCGGAUAUUAUGCUGGAAGUGGUGAUCCCAACUAUUCUAUCGACAAUAACAGCAACGCCGUUGCUGCAGGUAGCGGUGGGAACGCUGGUGGUGGCGCUGGUGGUGGCGGUCCUGUUGGUUCGGGUCGACUGCCGUUUGUGUCCCGCCCCUUCCGUUCCCCUGUUCAUCCCUCCUCUUUCAUUGAGCGAGUGCCGCGUAACACUAUUUUGAACAUUGUCCCACAGGGUCGUCAAUAUGUUGUGGAGCGUCUCGGGCGGUACCACCGCACAUUAGACCCCGGUUGGUGGUUUGUGAUCCCGUUUGUGGAUAAGAUACGGUACGCGUACAGCGUAAAAGAGCAAGGUAUCGAGAUACCAAACCAAUCAGCCAUCACAUGUGACAAUGUUAUGGUUGAGAUUGAUGGUGUGCUCUUCCUUCGCAUCGUGGACACGUGCAAGGCCAGCUACAACAUUGAGAAUCCCAUUUACAAUUUGCUCAAUCUAGCACAGACAACAAUGCGGAGCGAGAUUGGACGACUUGACCUUGACACUCUGUUUCGCGAGAGGGCGUCACUCAACAAGAACAUCGUUGAGGUGCUUCGGAGUGAAGCAGCAGAUUGGGGAAUCGAAUGCAAACGCUAUGAGAUACGCGACAUCACUGUCAGUGAGUUGGUUCGGCGCUCUAUGGACCUGCAGGCCGAUGCGGAACGACGUAAGCGACAACUGAUAUUGCAGAGUGAAGGUGAGGCGCAGGCGGGGAUUAAUCGGGCGGGAGGACUCCGGCGAGCGCAGCGACUUGCUGCACGGGCACAAAAAUAUGCCACGGUUCUUCGCGCAGAGGCGGAGGCGGCGGCGAUGGCAUUAAAGGCGGAUGCGGUCGGUCGCAGUGUUGGGACGGUUGCCAAUGCAUUUAAUGCAUCACCAAAUCCCCAAAGUUUCCGUGACGCGGUGGCGCUACGGGUGGCGGAGGAAUAUAUUGAGAAGUUUGGGGAGCUUGCGCGGCGGUCCAAUACUGUGGUGCUUGGUGGUGGAGGUUCAGGGCUGCCGGUUAGUGACCCCGCUGCAUUUACAGCUCAGGCACUUUCUGUAUUCCGUGCCGUCAGCGAUAGUUGUGGUGGUAAUGUUGGUGAUGCGAAGGUGCCAGCAGUCGGCGCAGACCCGAACAUUAUGAAUAGCAGUUUGGGCUCAGGUGUUGGUGGUACCGUUGAUAGCAAUAGCGUUGACAACAAUAGCAGUAGUGAUAGUACCUCUGAUGAUAAUAAUAAUAAUAGUAGCGGAUUUAGGUAG